AAGAUCAACUGUAUGUAUGGUGGCAGUGUUAGGACGUCGACACGUCCUGAUUUAUUUUCCCGGAGCACUGCAGACUUUCCUUUCUCCUACCGACAGUUCACAGAAACCUCCCGCCAUGUCUAUGUCGUCUGCCACCGGCGUCUUCCUGAUCUCUCUCCUCUCCAUCCCGAUCCUGUGGCUCGUGAACCACUCGGGGUUGAUCGGCGGGAACCCGUGGGGAAUCCUGGCGGCAGGGUACGCCUCCCUGGCCGGGAUCCCCGCCCUCGCGUACUUCGUCAUCCGCGACAAACGGGUCAAGAAAGACCCCUGGUUUUACGUGUUCACAACUUUUGCCUUCUCCUCUGUGGUGGAUCUGGUCCUGUGUUUGGAGAUGGAUGGCAUGAUAUCAGGCUUUACUGAAUUCUACAUGAAGGAGGGUGAACCCUACCUAGGUACAGCCUAUGGCAUCAUGAUUUCCUACUGGGAUGCUACUGCCCACUAUUCCAUGUACCUCAUGAUGGUGGCUGCCAUUGCAUGGAAUGAGCAGUACCGGGAGGUGGGUCUAUACUGGGUGGGAUCUCUUCUCCACAGUAUGAUUGUCUUCAUGCCAGGAACAUUCAUAGGUAAGUUUGCCAAUGAGAUUCGUCCGGCCAUCCUGCUGAACAUACCAUACGUGGUGGUGCCUGUAGUAGCAGGGGUCAAGUAUCUACAGAGCAGACAGGACAGCCAGGCACUUUCCAAAGAGGUGAAGAAAGUGCAGGGGACCAGUCUGUUGAAGAGACCUCUGGAUGUUCUGUUGAUGUUGUUCUUGUUGGUGUCCAUAGGAAUUUCUGUCAUAAGAGGACUGGCUGUCUUAGACUGUCCUUGGGAGGUGACUAAGACAUACACUAAGGAGUAUGAGCCUUACCUGGAGGACAGGACAGCAUAUCCAGUUAUACAGAUGUUAGUGUAUCUGUUCUACUUCGUGCCGUACUACCUGGCAGCCAUGUACGGUCUGGUCCAGCCUGGCUGUGUGUGGAUGCCUGACUGGGCACUACUGUUUGCUGGAGCAGCAGCACAGGCUCAGUUCUCCCACAUUGGCUCUUCGUUCCAUGGACGCACGAGAUUCACUCGGAGAGUUCCAGAGGCCACCAGCAUGGAAUUCUGGGUAAUCAACCUCCUUCUGGCCAUUGUACCUCAGAUCCUGGCAUAUCGCUGUGUCAAGUACCCAUCAUUCUUUGCAAGAGGCAAGAGCCAAAUUAUGAAUGGGGUGAAAGAAUCCCCUUCCAAAAAGAAGGACUCCUAAUGGGCAAAUAGGUGCAAUAAACACCUGAAGAGGCCUUUUGAAUACUAGUAAAUUGACCAUAGUAUUGAAUUUGCAUAUUGUGGUUAUGGACAGGAAAAUACACUUCUGAAAGCCUUGACAAUUGCAAUUGUUGUCUAUAAUUUAUGAUAAUUGUAAUGGAAGUACCUGCAAUGAAUAAUCAUCAAGCACAUAUACCACAUACAUGUAGGAUAAUACUUCCUAAAAACUCCAAGAGACACAUGCUUUCCUCACAAUCACUGUCACUGUGGUGUUUCACUAAUUGCUUAAUACAGCACAUGUAACUAUUACAGCUGUUAUGAUCAUCCUAUCGGCUUCUUGCCAG